UCAGAAGAGCAGCUCAGAACAUCCCAAUCCAGCAAAAAUGAAAUUCAUUGUCGCUCUCGCUUUCUUGGCCGUGGCCCUCGCCGCCCCUCAAGGAGAUCAGAAGCCCAUCGAAAUUGUGUCAUCCAACAGCGAAAUGAACGCCGACGGCAGCUACUCAUUCGAUUUCGAGUCUGCCGAUGGGACCAAAGUGUCUGAAAGUGGCAGCCAGAAACAAGUUGGUCCCAAACCGGAGGAUAUCGGGACCGUGUCCAAGGGCUCCUACUCGUUCACGACUCCCGACGGCGUCGUCCUCACCGUCAAUUGGGUGGCCGAUGAAAACGGAUUCCAGGCCACCGGCGACCACCUCCCCACUCCUCCUCCCAUGCCCGAGCACGUCGUCAAGAUGCUCGCAGACCUUAAAGCUGCCGGAGUCCUGUAAACGAUCAAUCAACAAUUUCACCCUUGGAUAAUAUGUACAUACCACACCAACAUUCUUUGCAACUGCCGAGUGAUUUGCUAUGGAUAAUUUGGUCUUGUAUAAUAAAUCAUUUUACUAUUCUUA